AUUCGGCUACCCUUGACCUAUAUUCAAGUUAACGCAGCGUGCCGCCCUCACAAUUCAAUCGAGGAAGCACUCUAGCUAAUAAAUUUAAUAAAAGCAAAAUCGCGGCACGGCCCAAUAUCGUCGGCUGCACGUAAAUAAUAAAAACAGAGGCGCACGCGAUUAAGUGGCUAUUUGGCUAAUUCGGGCGUCACGCGCUUUCACCGUUGAUUGUUGGAUCAAAAUGCAAAUUGCCAGUCACAAACUACCACGGAGGGUGUCCCAAAUCUUGCGCAGGGCGAAAAAAUCGAUGGGGACGGAGGGCGCGAAAAGGCGCAUGACAGACCCGAGCAAAGCGACCCAGUGCUCGCCUCAUCCUCAGCGAAGCCGUAAGCAGUGAGCGGUGCGGGCGGGCAGGCGAGUGAGUGAGCCAGCGCCGCACUCCAACCAUGGAUAUGUCUUGGGAGUUUUUGAAAUGCUGUUUUGACUCAGACCUGCCCGAAUUGUUCGAGUCCGCCGUGAACAAGUGCACGGAUCCUAGUUGUUGCUGUGGUUGCUGCUCCGCCCUCCGACCGCGUUACAAGCGCCUCGUGGAUAACAUUUUCCCUGUUGAUGCGCAGGAUGGAUUGGUCAAAAAUAACAUGGACAAGCUCACUUACUACGCUCUGGCGUCGCCGGAGAAGCUGGACCGAAUCGGCGAGUACCUUCUGCAGAGGGCUCGACGCGAUGUCUACCGGCGCAGAUAUGGCUUUGCGACGAUCGCCAUGGAGGCGAUGGACACGCUUCUUUCUGCCUGCCACGGUCAGACCAUCAACCUGUUCGUUGAAAGCUACCUGAAGAUGGUGCAGAACCUUCUUGAGUCAUCCGAGCACAAUCUGCAAGUUCUUGCCACACAAUCUUUUGUCAAGUUUGCGAACAUUGAAGAAGACACGCCUUCUUACCACAGAAGAUACGAUUUCUUUGUUUCUAAGUUUUCGUCCAUGUGCCACUUCAUGAAUGACAGUGAGGAACUGCAGAGCAAUAUCAGACUGGCCGGCAUUAAAGGGCUUCAAGGAGUUGUGAGAAAAACCGUGGCUGAUGAUUUGGUAGAAAAUAUCUGGGCGCCAGACCACAUGAAUAAGAUUGUUCCUUCAUUAUUGUACAACAUGCAAGAUUUACCAUCUCUAAAGAAAGGUCACCAUGUUCAAGAGGAAAAUCAAGAGGAGAGAAUUGACCCUCCUGCACUGGCUGAAACUUGCAUGCGAGAACUUGUUGGCAGAGCAUCCUUUGGACAGAUCAGGUGUGUUGUGAAACCUGUUUUGCAACACAUCGACAACCACAAUUUAUGGCUGUCAAACCAGUUUGCAAUCCACACUUUUAAGGUCAUCAUGUUUUCAAUUCAGGCUCAGCACUCAUAUGCUGUUGUGGAGACAUUGAUGGCGCAUUUGGAUGAAAAUUCCAAAGCAUCUCCUAAGAUCAGGACAAGCGUUGCUGACGUGCUAUCGAAAAUAAUUGCAAUCGCUGCUGGAGAGAGUAUUGGUCCUUCCGUUCUGGAAAUAAUUAACUCACUGUUGACGCACUUAAGACACUCAGUCAUGACUGAAAUCCCACAAGAGCAGAGGAGGGACGAGAAAAUGUACCAAGAGGCGUUGAUCAAUGCUCUAGGUGAAUUCGCCAACCACCUGCCAGACUAUCAGAAGAUCGAGAUAAUGAAGUUCAUAAUGAGCAAAGUACCUCAAUUCACGGACAACGUCAAAAAGGGUACCAACGUUGCACAUGCCUUGUUGCAAAACAUUCUCCUCAAGUCCUUACUCAAGGUCGGAACAAAAUACCGCACUGUCCAAUUUUCAACAACAUUCCCGAUGUCCUUCUUGGAACCACUGCUGAGGAUGUCUGUUGCGCCUGACGGUGACAUGAGACUCCUGGUCCAGAGGAUCCUGCACACACUCAUUGAUAGACACCACAACAUAGAAAAACUUCAGAAUCCAAGUGUUGAUGUUGCAGGAAUUGGGUUGGAACUUGAAAAGUGUUGCCAGCCGGACGAAAUUUUUGUUCGAAAGCAUGGGCAAGAAAUUUGUUCAUAUCUUGGCCAAAGCCUUGAGGAGCCAAGCAACACAAUUGAGCACAUAUCCGCGAUCUACUCAACCUUGGCCCUUUAUUGCGUUGAAAUCAACUGCAAGGAAAAUAUGAUGGAUAUUUUGAGGCUUUUGAAAAGUGUACAGGACACGGCCAUAACCAACACUCAACUGAGCACAGUUCAGCGGUGCAGCCUGCAUGCAGUAGUAGCUAGUCUUCUUACACUCAUGCCCUUUGUCAUGGGCGUCGCCCCCCUACAGGAAUAUGCUAAUCAGAUCAUCACCUUGAGACGACAAAAAGCACCUCACAUGCUGCCCCCGUUGCGAAGCAGAAUUGAGGUUCCAGGAAACAACUCUCCUGGACAGAUGCCAGCAGAAAUGGGCAUUGACCUCGCAGUCAUCAUUGACGUGCUUAGGUCUGCGGGUUAUGACGUUACCAGACUGCAGGCACCGUUUGACGCUGGCGGCCACAGGAAUUCAUGGGUAGACUCCACCAAUGGCAGAGGCAGUGUCGGGGACCUCAACAUGACGGUUGACGACGACAGCCCUGCUUCCUCUCCUGGAAUUAUUAGAAAACCUAUUGACCCCCAAUUAACUGUGGAGGCACUGAAAAAGAUGCUAAAUGAGCCAGCGAGCAUCAGGAAGCAAGAGGAGGAGCAAUACAGACAGCAACUGUGCAUGGCUUACAGAAUGGAACCAUUCCAGGAGCUGGUCUCAAGAAACCAAACGAAAACGGACACGCUUCAAAACACCUUGAACGAUAUCUUCAGUAUGCUGGUUAGUGACGUGCAGCGUCCACCUCACACGCCAAACCUGUCCAUCAGCAGGCAGACCACGAAAAAUUCAACCGACAGCUUUGCAGAUUUAUCAAAUAGUACAUCAGCCUCGGCUGUGGAUCAGCCUCCAUCAUAUGAAAUACUGUUUCCACAACUCUUCCAUAUCUAAUAUUGUAAGAUAAACUGUUACUAAUGUAUCCAAAGUUUAAUGUAUAUAUAUUAUUGGUUGUCGAGACCAAUGGUUCAAAGUGAAUGGCAAUAAAAUUAAAGAGGAGCACGUAA